AUGUCGACACCGACUCCGACGAGCACGUACACGCCGGUCCUGCUCUCCACGUUCCCUUCGAACCCGCUGACGACCACCUUCUUGCCCCCGUCGUCAUGUUCGGGCAUCUACUCCUCCAUCGUCGGCAUGAUCGACGAUGACACAUCAUGCCUGCCGACGGGCUUCUCAACAGACGCGACCGCCUUCUUCAGCCCGGGCAUUGCCUGUCCAUCAGGCUACUACUCGGCCUGCCACGACACGUCCGGCUUCGAAAGCAUCACCACCGUCACCUGCUGCCCGACCCGCGGCGACAUCAAGCUGUCGUGCGUCGACCCCGCGACGCUGGAGAGUGUCUGGGAGACGCUGUUCUGCUCGUGGAUCGCCCCCGAGAGCGGCCAGGUGGUGAGCAUGACACUGAGCGAGAGCGGCACUACGAGUACGAUUGCCUCGACAAUGACCUCGCCCGAAGGCUUGAAUGCGUUCGGCGUGAGGAUGGUCCACGAGAGCACAGAUCUAUCUACAUCGAGCACGAGCGCGACGCCGGGCUCAACCACGAGGGGCAGCGCAGCAAACACCAGUGGCGCGGGCCAGAGCCAAACAGCGUCUGCGACACCAGACUCGUCAGGCAGCGGCGGACUGUCUACGGGCGCGAAAGCUGCAAUCGGCGUGGUCAUCCCAGUGGUGGUGCUGGGCGCCCUGGCAGGAUUCUUCUUCUGGUGGAGGCGGAGGCGGCAGAGCUACAGCGGCGUCCACGAGAUGGGCGGCUCGCCCGUGGCACACUCUAAGGAGCCGUACGGCAGCAGCCAGGGCGGCGCCAGCCCCGGCGCGCCCUAUGGCGGAUAUUACGAUCCUCACAAGCCCAUCAACACUGCUGCGCCGUCGGAGCUUUCUAGCACUACCGGCUGGGGCCGCUCGCCUGACGGUGGAGUGCCCCUGAGCACCACGCCCCACCAGAUCGCAGAGCUGUCGGAUAAUGCACCGCCUGCUGAAUUACCUGCUGAGCCGAGGCGGAGGUAG